UUGCAGUUAUCGUUGGCAGAGCACGCUGCACUUGUGUUGAUUCUGAUUUAGGACUCGUUAUCAGGAAUGUUUGUGCGCCGAGCGAUUUAAUUAGGAUUAUUUGCGUUCUACAUUUAUCGGGGAGCGUGUUGCGUUGUUGGUGGAUCGAAAGACGAAGCAGCGCGGAAUCCAGGCUGUUGAAAUUGCGUUCAGUGCUGGCUGUGGAUAGAAAAGUGUUGCAGCGUUGCUGUCCCUUUUCUAACGAUCCUAAUGAUCAGUGUUAUCACACUGCAGUCGAAACAGCCAAGCAGGUUUCCUUGCAACUCCGUCCCGAGCCAUGUUCGUGCAACGGCCCUGUGACGUCAACGUUGUGUACGGCAGCGUCCUGCUGCACGGCCGUGUGGUGGACGUGGCGAACAACGGGAUGUACAUCGACCUGAUGUGCCACGGCCGUCGACGCGAACUCAUCCCGUUCCCCCGCCUUUUCCUAUCCAAGUCCGAAGAAUUCAGCGACUGGGCUUACAAAUACUUGAAAAAACAGCGCCCUAACGAGACGGUUCCAGUGGAAAUACUGCGGCGUGAAUGUCCGGGUGGUGCGUGGCGCUGGUGGCCGGGGAAGAUGCUCACCCUGACGCAGGAAGGGGAUCCCACCAUUCCCACGCUGAGCGAUAACUACGCCACUGUGGUCGUCGUCCAGGGCCAGGAUGACGAGGGUGCCAGCUGGACGGACGUGGUGCCAAAGCAGCGUCUUCGCUACCCCGUGUCGGAUUCUUUUUGGACGGGUAAACCGCAAGCACCAUCGCCCAAGUGGUGGCCAGUGACGCGUCUGCUGCCAGUUGCCCCGGCACGCUUCAUCCAGCGCCGUCUGCCACUGCCGGCCGAGUGUCGUGGGGCAUCAGUGGCACAGGUUGUUGAGGUGAUCCGGGAGUGUCAGAGCCAGCAGGCUGAGCAGCCGCUGGCCUCCAGGGGACGGGUGGUCUGGGUCGAUGUCGCUGAUGAGCAUUUGCUUUUGAAAGUGAAGCUACACGGCGGCGAUGGGUGUGCGCAGCGGCAAGCCGAACACAUGGCACAGAAAAUUGUUGGGACUUUGCUCGAGCCGUUGUUUGGUCGCCUUCCCGGCAUCCUGCGUGCAGUGCAAGCGCCGGUUGAAGCUAUGGAUCUCGGCGCGACGUCGGAUGAAUCGCUGGCACUGGGAGCGGACGAGUGGCAGGAAGUGUUCGCCCAUCUGGUUACGCUGACACGGCAGAAGCUGCGCGUCGUGUGCCCAGCAUGGGACGCUAUUCUGGACUUACCUACUUUGACGGCCAGCAUCAUCGUGGAGACGGAGGCUCGCAGCAAAGACUUGCCUGAUCUUUCCUACGCCCUCACCGCGCCGCUCUUCAAAUGCCUGCGCUCCUCCACCCAGUACGUUGUGCUGCACGAUCGCGCUGCCUGCAUCAACCGUGCCCAGUUCUACACUGUCUUGAAAAUGAUCCGCCACGUGUCGCGUAAUUGCCAGCCCGCGAUCCGUCUGACAGCGCUGUAUGUGGUCGGCUUCUCUGACUUGCCGUCGAAAGUUUAUCAGCGUCUCCGUGACCCAAUUGAAUCCUGCGAUGUGCACGAGCAUCCCCGAGACCACAACCGGUCCACUUUUUUCAAGGGCUUUCUACAAGAAUUCAUCGCGGUCUCCCGCAGUGUGACGUGUGAGACCAUCAGUCUGGUGCGCUGCCCGGUGAAGUUGGAAUACAAUCUGGAUUUCCGGCAGCAGAGCUCGAUGUCCCUGGCGCUGAAUGUCGACAUGGCCAAGGUGCGUCUGUCGUUGAGCGGGGAUUUCGCGGCCACGGUGUGGAAUGCAGUGGAGGCGCUGCUGCCGGCGCCCAGCGACGGUGAGGUGCGAGCGUUAUCGGCGUGGUUGGCGUCCAUCUCUACGUCGGCAGACGAGCGCCACCAGGGGCACCGAAUGGCAGUCUGUAACCUCCUGUGUGCGACGCAGACCGCUGAUCCGCGUUCCUCCUUGCACUACCGCGGGAAGAAGUGGUGCUCGGACGGACUGUACAACCUGUGCGUGCCGAAUCUCUCGCGUACUGCCUUGUGCUUCCUUCUCGUCCUGUGCAAGAGAUGCCAGUAACACCUCGGUUCUUUCCUUAUGGAAGCAUUUUUCUUCUUUAUGUUGUUUUCGGUUUUUUCCAACGGAGUUUUGCGUUGGUAAUUUGAUGUUUUGUUUUGCGGGCGUUUCCGGCUGACAGCCCGAUGGGGUGUUGCUGUUAGUACAGAUUCCUAAUUUUCUAGUGUUUUUUCGAAACGAAUGCAAAAUUAACCAGUGUGAUAACAAAUAGUUUUACGAUUGAAAGCUUAGAUGAGAUGGUCAUUGAAUGAGAUUGUUUAUUCGGUGCUUACAGCAAGACGAAUGUGGUUUC